AUGGCGGGUCGGACAAAAUUAUUAUACGCAUGCGCCAAAGCGGUGCAUGAGCCGCCAAACCGUCCUCCAGGCGAUGAUACAUCCACUUCAGUGCCUGCAUCAGCGGAGGGCUCUCCUGAACCGGUUACAUCAACGGAGGCAACGGCGGCUUCUGUUUCAUCGGUGGCAGCCGACACUCCUGCUGAUGCUGCGGCUCCCGUUGCAUCUUCUGCAGCGAAGGACCCUCAACCUGGCGGGGCUGGUGCAUCGACUUCCACGAACGCCGACAAGCCUGGUGAUGCUCCGGCUCCUGUUGCAUCCUCCCCGGCGGAGGACCCUCGGUCUGGUGGGGCCGGCACUUCCACUACGACUACAGACCCACUGCAUCCAGCAGGAGCUUCUGGUGGUGCUGACACUGCAUCGGCCCAGACGGGCCCGACAGCUCAAGAGGGUGCAUCUACAGCUCCUUCUCGCUUUGAUCAUGUCGCUCCGCCUACAUUCCUGGAUGCAUCGGAGAUCCCGCGGAAAGCUAAGGCCUGCUGCGGUUAUAGCAGCGAACUGGUUCGGGACUCCCACUUCGAGGUCAGGCUGGUGCGGCACGUGAUUGCCUACAUCAGCCCCGGUCUCGGCCUCUGCCUGUGGUUGACCAUCUUCAUCGCCGCGGCUUUCAUUCAGGUUCCCCUCUGCUUCAUGAACGACGACACGAGCGACGAAGACACUCGCCACGCAGAGCUUUCGGCGUGCCGCUGGCCGAUUCCAUCUUUAUCAGAUGAGGCCUCGCCGCCCUCCGCAUCCAGGCUCGCCGCUGACGCGCCUGCUGCAUUAGACCAGCCGGGUCGCAUCAUUGAAAUCGGGGUACGUGUACAUGAUCAGUCCUUGUGCUUCUUCGACAUUACAUCAGGGCGGUCCCUCCAGGAACUCCUGGAGGCGGUCUGGCUUACUUGCACCACCCUGCUUCUGAUGCCCUGGUACAGGUACAUCAUCGAGAUUCCCGAGGUCCCGCAGGCUCACAUUCGUUCAUGCUCCUCGCUCUACGAGGCAGGGAUGGGCCUGUGGUCCUCAGUGCAUUUCUUCGUCGGGGACCCCUACAUCGUUAUGGCCUCUUCGAACGAUCCUCCGCGGGGCCGAUACUGUUGGCUCGCAUUCAUUGCUGUGGCUCCAGUUGAUCGCUAUUUGGGUGCGGUCCUCAUCGGCAUCCUUUUCAGCAGGCCACAGUAUCGAUGCUUCCUCGCAAUCGGUGGGGCAAUGAUGCACCCCAUUGUGCAUUUGGACAGCCCGACCCUGCAGGCUCUUUGCUGCACGAGCUCGUCCUUCCUCGCAGAAAACGCUUCGCGUGGCAGCGCCCUUCUUCGCCUGCAUCUGAGGCCGUACAUUGGGGCACCUGGCACCGUGCAUCAAGCCUACUCUCUUGCUUUGCAAUUGCAGGUCACAGAGUGGGUGCGGUUGGCCCGCCUGGCAGCCCCGCAUAGCUCUGCAUUGCCUGAGGUUUUGAAAUCCGGCAAGGCAGAUGUGCAUCUAGCUAAGAUGGUGGCUUCCUAUGCUCCAUCAACGCUGGCGGCCUACUUGUCGAAAUGGCGACAUUGGAUCAGGUUUGCAUCGGCCUGCGAUGCCAACCCUUAUGAUCCUUCCAUUGCUCUUCUCCUGGAUUUUUUGGCAACUAAUUCCAGGGGCAAGUUGCAAACUGCGACCACAUGGAUCAAAUCUUUGAGGUUCAUCUCCAGGAAGGCGCAACUGGACUCACUGCGUUCGGCCUUGCAUUCAGAUCUCGUUUCCGCCUACGGCAGAUCUGGCUCCAUCGUGGAGCGACGUGAGAGU